AUGGGAAAGAAGAAAUCAUCAAACGGCAAGGGAGCUAACAAAACCAAAGCUCGCCCUAGCUCGUCCUCUCCGAGUACGAAAUCUGUCUACGUCCCGAAGCAGAGCACCGGCUCUGAUUCAUCCUCUGGAAAAGUUGUUGUCGACUUCCCUCCAGCAAUUGAUGCCCAGACUGCUACUCCCAUAGUGGAUCUGGCCAUGGAGAUUGAAACCCCCAAUCUCGAAACCCUAGCUACAGUCGCUACUGUACCUGGAUCUACAGUCCCCGAUAUCACUGCUGAAAUCAACACUGCUACUGAGGUGGUGACUGAAACGAUAACAUCUCAGGAUAGUCAGGAUCCUCAGGGCCCCUCUCCUGCCUUGCCUACGGCUUCACCUGCAACCCCUAAUCCAACGGAGCUCUGGAAAGGAUUUGUAAAGAAAGCUACUAUAAAACUUCACCCAACGGAGAAGCCGUUUCUUCUCGACUCAGGGGAGCAGUGUGUUACCAUCCCUAAUGCUGUCGUGGAGAAGAACAAGAAGGCUUGGGAAUGCUUCAUCCUAGGUCAAUUCUAUGAUGAAUCCCCUGCUCGAGGAGCUGUACACGCGAUUGUAAAUGGUAUAUGGAGUAAACAUCGCAGAGAUAUCACGGUAUCAAAGAUGGACAAUCAUGCUUUCCUCUUCCGGGUUCCCUGCCCUAAUGCCCGUAGGCGCAUCUUGAGCCAAAGUCUAUGGCAGAUUGAUGGUCUCACGAUGUUUGUAGCCAAGUGGUCUCCGGGUAUCCAACAGGUCAAACCUGAACUAGAGAUGGUGCCUGUUUGGCUAGAGUUCAGAGGUGUCCCGCUGCAGUUCUUCAAUGGAGAUGCACUGAAAGAGAUAGCAGGAAUUGUUGGGCAUCCGGUCUGCCUGCAUCCGUCUACAGAACAGCUUACAGAUAUUGAAGUGGCAAAGGUGUAUACAGUUAUUGAUCCAAGAAAGCCUCUCCCGGAGUUCGUUAAUGCUCGGUUUGAAAGCGGGGACACACGUCGCAUCUCUGUCUCCAGCCCUUUCCUCCCGUCUCUGUGUUCCUUUUGCAAGAAGGUUGGCCACUCCAUCACACGAUGUAAGGCAGCACCAAAGACGUGUACUUUAUGCAACUCAGUAAAGCACUUAACGGUUGAAUGCUCCAGAUACAAUCGUGACAAAGCCAGGGGCAAGGCUCCUAUCAAAAGCUUGCUUCCGAUAGUGCCACAAACAAAAACCGUCUACAGACCAGUGGGUUCAAAGAGUACUGAUGCGCUGAGCUAUGGAGAGACUGCAGCCCUUGCAACACGCUCUCCCCCGCCUCAACAUAACUCACCUCCUCCCCCACGUCGGGCAAAGGUGGUGGAAGACAGACAAAGAUCUCUAUCUCCUGCUACAAAUCAGUCUAACCGGGCAAAGAGUCCACUCCAGUCUGUUCCUGUUCAGUCCAUGAAUUUGGGGGAAGGCGGUCUCGUGGUGGAUUUUACUCCUUAUGCAGUGCCUCAGAAUUCAGAUGGCUCUCUCUCUUCUGGUCACUCUUCGGGUCAUGUAUCUGAUGGGAGCAACGUUUCUGGAGAUGAGGAUAACCCGGAUGAUGGAAAUGACAAAUACAUUGAGGUUAUUUCCCGAAGAAUGAAGAAACAGCUGAAAGGAAAGUCUAGGGGUGGAGGCCCUUUAAUCCUCCAACUUUUUACUUCUUAUAUGGAUCUUUUUUGCUGGAAUAUAAGAGGAAUAAAUGAUUCUGUAAAGCGGCGGGGUUUUAGGAAAUGGAUGCGGAAGAAUAAACCCAUUUUUGGUGGUCUCGUGGAGACACAUGUACAGUUCCCUAAAUCGGCUAAUAUUAUGAACUCUAUUUUACCGGGCUGGUCUUUUCAUGGAAACUAUGACCACUCGGUGCUCGGAAGGAUAUGGGUGGUUUGGCACCCUUCGGUUAAAGUAAGGAUUAUCUCAAGUUCGCACCAACUUACUUCUUGCUACGUGAAGCUACCGCAUAUAAAUCAAGAGCUUCUAGUUUCUUUUGUUUAUGGUUCCAACUGCAGAAUUGAAAGGCGAGCACUCUGGAGUGAGUUGGAAGCGUGCUAUAUUUCUCAGCAAGGGGUUGAUACCCCUUGGAUCAUUCUCGGUGACUUUAAUGAAAUUAUGCACCCGUCGGAGCACUCUUUGGCGGACCAGUCUUCUUUCCCACGGGGCUUAAGGGAUUUCAACGACUGCAUUGAUAGUUGUGCCCUAUUUGAUCUCAACUACUGCGGGAAUUCUUUUACUUGGUCCAAUGGACAUGUCUCAAAGAAAUUGGACAGAAUUAUGACUAAUGCAGCAUGGCUACAGCAGUUACCAGAGUCUAUUGGGGUAUUUGGAGUUCCGGGGAUCUCGGAUCACAGUCCGUGUUGUGUCUUCCUCGAUCAGUUCAAACCGAAGCAAAAGAGGCCAUUUAAAUUCUUUGCCCACUUGAAUCAGCAUGAGGACUUCGGUGAGCUCUUGCGCAACUGUUGGAAUUCUUUGGAUUUUCACGGUACACAUCAGUUAAGGGUCUCAAAAAAGCUGAAAGAGCUUAAAGGAAUUAUCAAAACCUUCAGCCGAGAACACUUUUCUCAUUUGGAACUUCGAGUUGAAGCUGCUUUCUCAGAGUUGUGUUCUGCUCAAGAAAAUGUUCUUGCAAACCCUUCUACUUCAUCAUCUCAGGCUGUAACAGAUGCUCACCACCACUGGCAUGUUUUGGCAAAGGCGGAAGAUUCUUUUCUGAAACAGAGAUCGAGAGUUCAGUGGUCUGCUUAUGGGGAUUCAAAUACUGCCUACUAUCAUAGGUUCAUCAAAACGAGACAGGCCCAGAACCAAAUAAUCUUUCUUCUUGAUAGAAAUGGAGCCAUUAUUGACCAAAUCGAAGACAUAAAGAAGCAUGCUGUUGAUUACUACUCAUCCUUACUAGGUGGUUCUUCGUCAUCAGCGGCGCCUUCUCCGUCAAUUAUUGCCUCGUUCUUACCCCUGCGUUGCUCUGCGGAAGCUGUGAGUCUUCUUGCUGCUGGGUUCACAGAUAUGGACAUUCAAGAAACAUUUCUUGCUCUUCCUAUGUCCAAAGCGCCUGGCCCAGAUGGAUACCCUGCAGAGUUUUUCAAGGCAAAUUGGAGUGUAGUGGGUAAAGAUAUGAUUGCAGCAGUCAAGGAAUUCCUGUCAACGGGAUGUCUGCUCCAACAAUGGAACUCAACAAUUAUCUCCCUAAUACCAAAGAAGGCAAAUGCAAACCAGAUAAGCGAAUUUAGACCCAUCUCCUGCUGCAAUACUGUCUACAAAGUAGCCUCGAAGCUUCUGGCCAACAGGAUCAAAUCCGCCCUGCCUAUGCUCAUUUCCUCUGCCCAGUCGGCUUUCGUCCCGGGUCGCCUCCUGGUGGAAAAUGUUCUAUUGGCGACAGAGCUGGUUGCUGGGUAUAAAUGGAAAGAUAUUUCAAAACGAUGUAUGCUGAAAGUGGAUCUUCAAAAAGCGUUUGAUUCGGUCAACUGGGACUUCAUCUUGAAUACUCUCGAAGCUCUCGGAUUCCCAAGCCACUUUCGGAAGCUAAUUGCUCAGUGUAUAACCACCACCAGAUUCUCCAUCUCGGUUAAUGGAGAGUUAUGCGGGUAUUUUAAAGGCUCCAAGGGACUCCGACAGGGUGACCCCCUCUCCCCCUACCUCUUUGUAAUUGCGCUAGAAGUGUUCUCCCAAAUGCUUAAUGCGAAGUUUAGAGGUGGGGAUAUUGGCUAUCACCCAAAGACAUCAGCCCUUGAGGUAACCCAUCUUGCAUUCGCUGAUGAUCUUAUGAUAUUCUUUGAUGGUGAGAAGAGCUCUCUUGCUAAUAUUGUUGAUACUAUGGAGUUAUUUGCCACUUGGUCUGGUCUGAGAAUGAAUAAGGACAAGACAGACCUCUUCGUGGGAGGUUUGAACCAGCAUGAAGCUACAGAUUUGACAAGUCUUGGGUUCACUCUAGGUUCAUUACCAAUCCGCUAUUUGGGUCUCCCUCUUAUGCACCGCAAGCUGCGCAUUGCUGAAUACAGACCCCUGCUGGUGAAAAUAUCGAGUCACUUCACUGCUUGGUCUUCAAAGAAGCUGUCUUAUGCUGGACGUGCUCAGCUGAUUAAUUCAGUUAUCUAUGGUACUAUCAACUUCUGGACUUCAGCCUUUGUCUUGCCUAAAGGAUGCUUGAAACAAAUUCAGAGUUUGUGCUCUCGCUUCUUAUGGACUGGAAAUGUUAUUGAUCGUGGUGUGGCGAAGAUUGCGUGGAGUACAGUAUGUCUACCUAAGCGUGAAGGGGGUCUCGGUUUUAGGAAUCUGGAAAUCUGGAAUAAGACACUCUGUCUAAAGCUGCUAUGGAGAUUAUAUAUUCCCAAUCCUUCUCUAUGGGCUUCCUGGAUUAGGAAAUACAAGAUAGGAGACGAGAACCUAUGGAGUUUAGAUGCUGAGAAGGCGGGUUCAGGAACAUGGAGAUCUCUCUUGAACCUACGACACUUAGCUACAAACUUCAUACGAGCAGAGGUUGGAAAUGGUGAACAUACAAGCUUUUGGUGGGAUAUUUGGACCCCCCUCGGACGCCUAAUUGAUAUAUUUGGUGACACGGGUCCCCGAGAGCUCUCCAUUCCUCUAUUUGCUACGGUUGCUGAUUGCUGUGAUGGAAAUGGCUGGCGAUUGAGAGGUGCUCGCUCGCCGGCUGCAGAGAAUCUCCAAAUUCAUCUCACUAGUAUUCAGCUCCCCUCCACCUCCCGUACUGAUGAUGUGUUUUACUGGCUUAUCGAUGGCGAGUAUUUACCAACAUACUCUGCCUCACACACUUGGGAGGUGAUUAGAAACAGAGCUCCUUCCACCACGUGGGCAAGCAGUGUCUGGUUCAAAAUGGCAACUCCGCGACAUGCCUUCCUCAUGUGGAUAGCACAGAACGAUAGAAUGCCAACUCGGGUAAGGCUCACAAGCUGGGGCCUUGGGUUAUCACCAAACUGCUGUCUUUGUGACUCCGCACCGGAGACUCGUGACCAUUUGCUCUUACGUUGUGAAGUAAGUGAACAGGUUUGGGUGCUGGUUUUGAGAAGGCUAGGGUAUACUCACUCUGGCUUUAUCACUUGGACUUCUUUUAUUGAGUGGUUAUCUAUUAAGAAUUCCACUGCACCGCUGAUACUCAAAAGACUUGUGUCACACGCAACUAUUUACAGUAUCUGGGCAGAACGGAAUAAGCGUCUGCAUGACGGAAUCUCGACAUCUCCUCCAACGAUUUAUAGGCUCAUUGAUCGCCACAUCAGAGACACAAUCUUGGGGAAACAUAACAGCAAGAAGAGCUUCAAAAACCUUAUGCUAUCAUGGCUAAGGAAUGACUAG